GACGAGCGCUCUGCCCCUCUCGUCGCGUAACGAAAGUCAAUCCGUUCGGUUCGUUCGUAUCCGCUCGAACGCGAGAGGAGCGUUCGUUCGCGAUUUGCCUGCUUUUAAUCGUCUAAACGUUCUCGUAUCCGUCGCUGACGCGAUGAAACUAUCUUGUUCCUUCGACGACGAGGGCUAGCCUUGCCCUUGAAACGCGCUCGAGUCCCGAGUGCUCGGCUGCAACUACGCAACGACGUUUUCCUUUCUGUACCAGCUGUGCCACGACCGCGUGUGUGUUGUGUUCGACGUUUUUCCCUUGUUUUGCCGCGUGUGACCAGUCGCGUUCCGACCUGUCCGUGACAAAAGAAAACUUCUCUGUUGUUCAGUUCUGUUUUGGUGCUUGUGGUGGAUCCAUCGAAUCCGGACGAUCGCGCGAAAGAACAAAGGGACGAGAGCCAGCUUUACUUGAUAUAGAGGGACAGGGACGUCGUGGGAGGAAGCGAGAGACGAGAUAUCGCGGUGUAUCGAUCGAGAACGGUGCUCUUGCAGUUGACGGAUAAAAUAGGUGAGAAAUUUUCUGCUACCAGAACCAUCUGGAACGUGUAACUUUAAAUUGACGGAAAAAUAAACCGGCCGCUGUUGAAACACUCCUCUGACGAAAAUCGGUGAAUCCUAAGGGAAUCGAAGUACACCGCAGGACUUGUCGAAUCUGAAGAAUACGUGGAUCGAAAGGAAAGCAUCCAUUGUCCAAGGAUAAAUUGCACCUCGAACAUCCGAUCCUGCACAUAGGAGAGGUAGACGUUUAACAACCAGGUGCUGUUCAGGGUAGAAUGCAGCGAUACGGGACGCGGCGGUGCUCGUCCGCAACGAGGCUAUGAGAAGGCUGAAUGGAGGCCGAGGAAGCCUCAGAGCCCCCUGGGGCUCCGACCAGUGUUCCCUCGUCCGUGUACAUCGAGAUCAAUCGUAGCCGCGCCACAUCGCAGCCAAUCUAGACCCCAGCUAAUAUCCGCGUAAACGCGAGGCUUUCCACAGCUCGGAUCCGUCGAAACCUCGAUUUUGAUCCUCUUCUCCCCCCAAAGCUGCGAGUUUCCAACGAGAGACCGUACCUAAUAUGAGACCGUGGCCAACGAGCGAACACGCGAUCCGACUAAUCGAUUGAACGACACACCGAGAGACGUCGGAAUGGCUGCACCGGUGAUAGAGAAGAAACGGUUCUUCUGCCGUGAAUGGGCGUUCAUCAAGCUGUCCCAUUGUCUGGAGCAGAGGCCGGCCUCGAAGACGUGCGGUGCUCUGAUCGUCGGAGGACCAGGAAGCGGCAAGACAGCUUUGUGCGCGGAAUUAGCAUGGCCGUCGACCGGCGCCAACGCUAAACACCAGAGGUCCUUGAACAGGAGACUGCUCGCCAGGCACUUCUGCCAGGCAAGGAGCGAGGCAUCCUUGUCUCCCGCUCAGUUCGUCAGGUCUUUGGUCGCUCAGCUACUUCAGGCUAGCUCCGAUGGCAUUCAUAGAGCCUCUCCAAGUUCGCCAACUCCGAGCAACGCCACAACCACCACCACCACAACAGUUCCUCUAACUUCGAGGGAGGCCGUGGCAGAAGCGUACGCCGAGAAACUCAGAACAGAUCCGGAUAUACAAGCCGCCUUGCAGCCGGACGUUCUCGAUCGAGAUCCCGACGACGCUUUGAAGAAGGCUCUGCUGAUACCCCUGCUAGAGGUGGAGCCACCGAAAAGUUGUUUGUUCUUGUUAGUCGACUCGAUCGACGAAGGACAAACGCUCAAUCCCCCGCAAACCGGUACCAGAGACUCCAGAAGAGACAACGAGAACGUCAGUAGAACGAUCGCUGAACUACUAGCCAAUCAUCACCACUUGUUCCCACAAUGGCUGCUGCUGGUUUGUACCGCUCGACGUCAGAGCAAGACGAUCUCGAGGAUGUUCACCGGCUUCCGCAAGAUCUCCUUGGACGAUCUGAGGAAGUCGCAGGUCGUCAGAGACGUUCAACAGUACAUUCUGGCACGGUUGGAUCAAGAAGACGCUCUGAGGCAGCACAUCUCGCGCGACACAGCCGAGAUGCUAAACCAGCUGCACAUCAAAAGCAACGGUUGUUUCCUGUACCUGGAGAAGGUUCUCGACGGCGUGGCCGAGAACUUCAUCGUGCUGCGUGAGGUCCGUGAGAUACCAGGCACCCUGAACGGCCUCUACCUAUGGCUGUGUCAAAGACUCUUCAGCAGAAAGCAAUUUGCCAAAGUACAACCGCUGUUGAACGUGAUCCUAGCCGCGAAACUGCCGAUCACCCAGGAGAUCCUGUACAAGUGCGUGAAAACCGCCUGCGUCAGCAUCACCAUCGAGGACUUCAAUAGGCGCUUGCACCUUCUACGAAGAGUCAUCUCCGUUUCGCGUGCCGGAGCCCUGAUGCUGUUCCACCAUAGCUUCGCCGAGUGGCUGCUCGACGUGAAACACUGCACCCAGAAGUAUCUGUGUUCGGCCAUCGAAGGACACGCCAUGUUGGCCGCCUAUUACACUCUUCGUGGUCCAGAUUUGAAUCCCGACGAGAUUUGCGUGUUGGGUCAGCAUCUACAACGAGCCAUAACCAGCGUGGCGACAACCAACUGCAAUUUGGACGUGCACACGCUACAGGUGCUCUGGAUGAUAGGCAGCGGGGCACCGAUCGAGGAUUGCUAUCUGGACAGCUCCGAAUGCAUCCUCUGGCCUAGGCAGGAAGUGAAGCUCCUCAAACUACUGAUCGACGCAGGUGCCAAGCCAUCCGAGAAGGUCGUCGAAGAUGACGCCAGCAAGGAUGCUGUUUCUUCUAGUCAGGUCUCGCAAGAUGUGAGCCCUAUGGAUGAGUCUCCAAGCGAGCCAUUAACGGAACUACUCGGUGAAAGUGGAGACAUCAAUCAAGCUGAUUCUUGCGGACGAACAGUGCUGCACACGCUUGCUGCAGACGGUAAUGCAUCUCUAUUGGAACUCGCUCUGGCAACGUGUCCCCAGGCAAAAUUGGAAGCCACCGAUCGUCAUGGUCAAACACCCUUGAACCUUGCUGCCAGACACGGUUACGCAGACGUAGUCAGAGUACUUUUGGCUGCUGGAGCUUGUGCAGAUCAUGCUGACUGCGAUGGGUGGACUGCCCUUAGAGCUGCUGCUUGGGGUGGACACACUCAGGUGGUCGAAAUGCUGUUGGAGCACGGAGCAAUGGUGGAUUGCGCUGACUGGGAUCAACGAACCGCUCUCAGAGCAGCUGCGUGGGGUGGCCAUGAGGACAUCGUUAAAGCACUUCUGCAGCACGGCGCCGACGUCAACAGAACGGAUGACGAGGGCAGAACCGCCUUAAUUGCUGCUGCCUACAUGGGUCACAGCGAGAUUGUCGAACACCUUCUAGACUUCGGCGCUGAGAUCGAUCAUGCUGAUAGCGACGGAAGGACUGCUCUCAGUGUAGCUGCUCUAUGUGUCCCUUCCAAUCAUGGUUAUGCAAAAGUUGUUACAAUACUCUUAGAAAGAGGUGCCGCAGUUGAUCACCAAGAUAAAGAUGGCAUGACCCCGUUGCUAGUGGCUGCAUUUGAAGGCCACAGAGAUGUGUGCGAAUUGCUGUUGGAAUACGAGGCAGACGUGGACCAUUGUGAUGCCACUGGACGCACUCCUUUGUGGGCAGCUGCCAGUAUGGGCCACGGAUCAGUGGUCGCUCUUCUGUUGUUCUGGGGAUGUUAUGUUGAUAGCAUCGAUAACGAGGGCAGAACCGUUUUGAGCGUGGCCGCUGCACAGGGUGGCACUGACGUUGUGAAACAGCUAUUAGACAGAGGUUUGGACGAACAGCACAGAGACAACUCCGGCUGGACACCCUUACACUACGCCGCGUUUGAAGGCCACAUCGACGUUUGCGAGGCUCUACUAGAAGCUGGAGCUAAGAUCGACGAAACUGAUAACGAUGGAAAGGGUGCUUUGAUGCUGGCGGCACAAGAGGGUCACGCUACAUUGGUUGAAAGAUUACUAGAACAACACGGUGCUCCCAUCGAUCAACACGCUCACGAUGGGAAAACUGCUCUCAGGGUAGCAGCGUUGGAGGGGCAUUAUGAUACUGUUAGAGUAUUGCUGGCUCACAAUGCAGACGUGAAUGCGAAGGACGCUGAUGGCAGGAGCACUCUUUAUAUCCUUGCUUUGGAGAACAGGCUGGCGAUGGCACGAUUUUUGCUGGAACAUGCGCGUGCCGAUGUGGAAAGUAGAGAUUCAGAAGGCAGAACUCCUCUGCACGUAAGUGCCUGGCAAGGGCAUGUGGAGAUGGUAGCUUUACUGCUAACCGAAGGUAGUGCCAGUGUGAACGCCUGCGACAAUGAGAAUAGAACUCCUCUUCAUUCAGCAGCCUGGCAAGGUCAUGCUGCUAUCGUCAGAUUGCUGCUGGAACAUGGAGCUACUCCUGAUCAUACCUGUAAUCAAGGCGCAACUGCUUUAGGUAUUGCUGCACAAGAAGGUCAUGAACACUGCGUACGAGCUCUCCUGAAUCAUGGCGCGGAUCCGAGUCACUCUGAUCACUGCGGUCGCAAUGCUAUCAAAGUGGCCGCCAAAAGUGGCCAUGACACUGUGGUUAGGCUACUCGAGGAACAUUCGGCUAAUCAACGAAGUCUAAGACCUGGAAUUAACGGAGGUGGAAGUAGCAGUGCUACCUCGGUAACGUCAAACUCAACAGCAGAAACGAAACCGUCAUCCGCGAUUCUGAAUCCGCUGUCAACCCAAUACAGUCCAGCUGAAUCGCCAGAUUCAACGAAGAGGCGAAGCUGCGUCUCCCUGGGCAAUAAUUCCAGCAACAGCAAAUCCAGCAGCAAUCUAACCGGUAGCACGAAGAGCGAUCAAGGGAAAUUCAACCAGAACUCGAUGGUGAAUCAGGUAAUCAAAACACCAUUAUCUUUCACGCAACAACUACAACAAUGCUCGAGGGGUGCGAAGAGUCGUCCGUUGAGCAAACUGUUGUCACCGUUGAAAAGCGAACCCCAAAGUCCAAUCUAUGCUUCGCCGCCUCAUUCACCGUUGAGCGACAGCCUUAUACCGUACUCGCCAACGAACACCAGUCCACCGAGUGCUCAGACGGCCGCGAACGUGAUACAGAGCCAGCUAGGGGUCUCUUUGUUGACAGCGAACAAUCAGAAUUUACCGUACAAAGCGCAGAUCGGUGGAUACAAUCACACAUCGGCGAUUUACGAACCCAUCAACAUAAAGACCGAGAUCAUCGACAAGAACGACAUCGGUAAACCCUUCGAACUCACGAACGAGAUGUUAGGUUUGAGCGUGACGAAGGACAAGAAAAAUGGCCUCGACGAGAAGAGAAACUCGGCUGAUACCCACUUCACUAGGGACACCCACAUGAGGAUAAUACUAGGGAACAGUGGAGCUGGUGUUGGCAGAAGCGUGAAACAUACCUCUGAACAUAUGCCUGCCAGUGCGAGCAAUGCUAAACCAAAGCGCAAUGGACUGGUUUCCAACCCAGCCAUGAGAUUAGUAGCAGGUGUUAGAAAUGGAAUUGAGAAUGCAACUAAUAGAAAUAAACCAAUUACAACGCGAGUAAAUGGAUUUCAGUGGAAAGCAGAGGCACGAAAGGAAACACCUUUGUAGGGACAGGUUGUAUUGUCAGAAGCACCAUCUCAGCAGGACACUGGAAUCCGUUAUUGCGGUUGGCGAAUCGUAAUUACCAAAAAGCGGAAGUCAAUAAAUAAAUUUUUCUCUUUUUAUUUGAGCAAAAUCAAAUUACCUCACAUUAAAAAAUGAACGAAAAAGAUUUAUAAAAAUCGCGACGAAUAUGAGAAAUAAAGAAAUGCGUACUAUACAAACAAGAAAACCAAAUAUUAAACAUCAUAGAGAAGUAUGUAGAUCUAGACAUGUAAACAAUUACAAAACAUGACUUUGUAUAAAUGUAACGUUAAUAAAAAAUUCUUUAUUGAUCUCACUAAUACUUCAUAUAAACGGCGAUGAACUAAUUAUUGAAACCUUAAGGAUUGAUAGUCAUUAAGUUUAAUGAAAGAACAAUGUGUUAUGAGAUUUUUCCUUCAGAAGACUGGAUGCAGAUAAAAUGCAUAAUGUGAUGUUUUAAUUGAUUAACUCAAAGAAUGAUACAGAAUUGUAAAGAUAUGUAUAAAUUAUAUUAAAUAAUUAAGAAAAAAAAAGUUAUAGCGAUACAAUGUGAAACUCAGUUACAAAUACGUAAAAUUAUGGCCUGAAGAUUAAAAACGUGUGUAAAUACACAUCCUUCAUGUAUUGUGCACGAUCAUAUUUAUUAUAUUGUAAUAGAUGCAAAAUAAAUAAAAAGCAAAAUAUCAA